AUGUUUUAAUAAUUUUUAAACUGUUUCAAAAAUAAAUCAGCAAAGGAUGGUUCAAAAGAGUAUGAGAAAGAUGUGCUUUCAUCAGUACUUGAUAUUAUACCAAAUUACUAAAGUAAAUUAGGAUUUAAGUUUUAGACAAAAGAGGAGAUACCACAGCUGCUGAGAUUCGGAAAUAGGUAAAUUAGUCAGAUAAUCCUAAAGAAUCAAAUGAGAAUCUGAUAAAAUAUGAUGAUGAUGAUAAUCCUUAUUGUAGAUUUUCAUUAGAUUAUUUUGCUUUAAACAAUAGGUUUCGAGUUUUUUGUAUUUAAAUCUGUUAAUCCAAACUAUUUUAAUGGAUUCAUUCUCUAUUAGUAAUUAUUUUAAAUAACUUUAGUCAAUUAUAGUAGUAUGUGUAUUAAUUGUUAAGCCUUAUAAUAAUGAAGAUAGUGGAUUAAAUAUUUCUAUAUCAAGCGGAGUGAUAAAUGGAAUAAUUAUUUCAUGUGAUGUAAUUUUUAGCAUUUAAAUUGUGAUAUCAAUAAUUUCUUAUGGGUAAUGAGUUAAGUUUAAAAUUUAGAAUGUGGAAUUGCAAAUAUGGAUAUUACAAAGACCCUUAUGCAUUUAUAAAUAGUAUAUGUUUAUUAUUUGCCUUGAUUUUACGACAAUCCUACUUAUACAUAUUUAGAGCAUUAUUUUUAGUGGAUUUUAUAGUUUAGACCAAAUAUUUCUAAAUUGUAAAGAAAUUAAGUAAUACAGUAAAACAUGCAUUAAUGAUGACAGCCUAUGUCAUAAUAAUAAUUACUUUAUUCACUUAUAUCUAUGCUACUAUGGGAGUUCAAAUAUGGAGUGAUUAAUUGCAUUAAUAUUGUGUAAAAGAUGGAUAGAUUGACGCUUAUCCAGCUAGAUUAUGUGGAAUGGGUAGAAAAUGUUCAGAUGGAUAUGUAUGUUAAAGUGGAUAUUUUCAUUAACCAUUUACAUAAUAUGAUUAUAUUUCCUUUGAUGAAAUACCAAAUGCUUUACUUACUUUGUUUAUUUGUCAUUUUAUUGAAGGUUGGGUAGAAGUGUAAUAAAAUUUAGCAGAUUCAUUUAAUAAAUAUGUUAGUUCAAUCUUUCUAUGGUCUUAUAUUAUAAUUGGAACUUUCUUUUUAUAAAACCUAUUAGUAGCAAUUCUUUUAAAUUAAUAUUAAAUGGAUUAGUAAGUUGAAGAAAUACCAAAAAUUAAAAUAAAGAGUUAAACAAAAAUUCAAAUUAUUAAUGAGAGACGUAGAACAUAUUUUUUAACUCCUGGUCAUUUAAGUAAGAGCAAAUAAAGAGCUCUUUAAUUGAUAUAAAAUUAACAUAAAAAAUCAGGAUAGAGAUCAUAAUUAAAAAUAAAAGUUAAAUAAAUUAUAUCAUCUAAUUAUGUUAAAUAUUUUUAUUCACUAUUAUUUAUAACAAAUUUAAUCUUAUUUUCAUUAAAUGAUGAAUCAGCAUAUCAUAAUAAUUUUGAGAAUAAAAUUACAAUAAUUAAUUUAGUAUUUCUAUUGAUAUAUAUUAUGGAAGAUAUAGCAAGAAUAUAUGUUUGGAAAUAAAAAGAAAAUAAAUAUACUUUGCUUUUAGAAUUUAUAAUAGAUUUUAUAAGCAUAAUUAUUUAAGUUAAUGAUAUGACUAAUCCAUUUGUACUUAAUGCAUUUAAAGGUUUAAGAUUAUUAUGGUUCUUCAAUACAUAAACAAGUUGGUCAAACUAUAAAGUGUUAUUAUAAGCAUUAUAAAAAUCUUUUGUCAAUAUACCUAAAUUAAUUUUGGUGUUCUUAACAUAUAUGAUAGUUAUAGGAAUAUUAGGAAGAGAAUAUUUUGCUGGAUCUUUAGCCUUUAAUGAAUUAGGAAAUUAUGAUAAAUAAGGUAAAUAUUUACCAAGAGCAAAUUUUGAUAGUAUUAGAAAUACAGUAUCCUCUUUAUUUAUAAUAAUAUGUUCUGAUCAAUGGUAGAAUAUAUUUUACACAACUCUAGAAACAAAAUCUUGGAUACCUUAUCCAUUUUUUAUUUUGGUUUUAAUUUUAUGCAGAUUCUUCAUUUUAUCUUCAUUUUUAACUAUAAUGCUUGAUAAUUAUGAAGAAGCUAAAAAUGAAGCUGAUAAAUCUAAAGCUAGAGCUUAAAGGGUUAUUUCAUCUAUGUAAAGUAAUUAUUAUUAUUAUAAUAAAUUUAAUAGAAACAAAAGUAGUACCUAUUGUUUAGUCAUAAUAAUAAUAAUAAAAUUCUUCUUAGAUUGAUAAGAAAAGAUACUUUGGAAGAUUAUCUAAAAUGUCAGAUGAUAGUGAUGAUGAAGAACAAGAAUCUAAACAUUAAGUUUUACAAAGAUAAACAUCAAAAUUACCAUAAAUUACAAUUUUCAAAAGUAAUGAUGACAUUAAAGUAUCCAUUAGCACAAAUUAAUCAUAUAAGCAAUAUUUUAUGAAUUCAGCAUUAUUUGUAUUACAUAAUAAAAGCAUUUUAAGAAAAAGAAUACAAUAAUUGAUAUAGAAUAAAUAUUUUGAAUGGUUGAUGAGUUCAAUAAUAAUAUUGAAUAUCAUACUUUUAGGUUUAGAUCUACCUAUAUAUGAAUAAAAAGAUUUAAUAUAGAAAUUUAAUGUUAUCUUUACAAUAAUUUUUAUAUUUGAAAUUGUAUUAAGAAUGUUAGCUCAUGGAUUUAUUUGGAAUCAUAAUGAACCUAAUAGAGCAUUCAUAUAUAAUAAUUAAAAUAAUUUUGAUUUGGCUAUAUUAAUUGUAAGUUCUAUUAGUGAUCUAAAUCUUUAUAAUAGUGGAUAUUUAAAAGCUUUUCGUGCAUUGCGUACUUUAAGAGUAUUCUCAUCUGCUAGAGUAAUUAUAUAUAAAUGAUAUUUAGAGAGGAUCCUAAAGUGAAGAAUUGAAUUUGAUAUCUAAAUCAUUAUUUCAAACUAUAUCUUUAUUAUCAUCUAUGAUAUUUGUGACUGGUAUCUGUAUUUGGAUUCUCAGUAUCUUUUGUAUGACAAUAUGGAAAGGCAAAUUAUACUUUUGUACAAAUGUAUAAACAUAUGAUGACAUAUAUACAAAAUAAGAUUGUUUAGAUUAAAAUGGAGAAUGGAUUAAUAAUAUAACUAAUUUUGAUACUAUUUAAGAUUCAUUACUUUGUUUGUUUAGAAUCAUUAUUGGUGAAGGAUGGGCAAGUUAAAUGUUUUAUGUAUCAGAUAUUACUGAAAGAGGAAUGCAUCCUAAAAUUAAUUCAUCUGCCAAUUAUUAGAUCUUAUAUUAUAUAUUAUUAUUCCUUUUGAAUAUUAUGUUAUUGAAUCUAUUCACUGGCUUAAUAAUUAAUAAUUAUAGAACUAUUAAAGAAAAUAUAAGUAAUUACAAAUCUCUCAAUGAACAUUAAAGAGAAUGGUUAUAAAUGAUGUAUAUUAUGCAAAAGAAGAAUCUAAUUAGAUUAAUUGAAAAACCAAGAAAUCAAUUCAGAUAAAUAUGUUACUCUAUAGCAACAUAUAAGUAUUUUGAAUUGAUUAUACUUAUUCUACUCUUAUUAAAUUUGAUAUUGUAAAAUGCUAUCAUAUUUUAGUUGUUCUGCCAAUAGUAACACAAUUAAUUAAACUACAAAAUCAGCAUUCUAUGUUCUAGACAUUAUUUUUAUUACACUAUUUCAUAUUGAAGUAUUUAUCAAAUUUUCAGCCUUUUGGUAUUAUUAUUUCAAAGAUUCAUGGAAUAGAUUUGAUAUCUUAUUAUUGAUUUCUACAGAUGCCUUAUUAAUAUUGAAUGAUGAAAUAGAAAUGCCUAAGAUGUAUAUGAUUCCAUUGAUCAUUCGUUGUUUAAGAGUUCUCAACACUUAUAAAAUACUUAAAUUAAAUCGUUAACUCAAAGUUCUUAUUGAUGUCAUAUAAGAAAUUCUACCAACAUUAUUAAGUGUAGUUGCAUUUAUCAUUAUAAUUAUUAUUGUCUAUGCAUUAAUUGGAAUUCAAACAUUAUCUGUAGUUAAAUCAACUUCACAAGAUGCCUAAUAUCCAUUUUAUUAAGAAAUUGGUUAAAGAAAUAAGAAUUUCUAGAAUUUUUGGGAUGCUGUCUUAAUUUUAAUAGAAAUUACUACAGGUUAAUAUUGGCCACUCUAUAUGUCAGAUUAUACUAUAGAUAAAGUUGAUUGUCAUUCCUAGAGUCCAGAAGACAUAUUAAAAGAAGGAGUAUAAGGAUGUAGUACAUUUUUUGGAUAUUUUUAUUUUAUUAGUUUUUUGGUAUUAAUAAGGAUAAUAAUGAUCUCAUUAUUUUUGGCUAUGAUAAUAGAAUCUUAUUAGGAAUGUUUGCUUGAAAAUACUGCAGUCAUAAAUCCUUAUUAAAUAGAAGACUUCUUUUUAAAAUGGUCUGAUUAUGAUCCAAAAGGAACUGGAUGGAUAACUCCUGAAGAUUUUGCAUUUUUAAUGUUUGAGAUGAAUCCACCUCUUGGAUUUAAGGAUGAAAAUGCUUGUUUAUAAUUAUUUGAUUUUAAUUAAAGUAAUAAUAUUGAUUUAAUAUUAGAUCAUAAGAAAUAAUCAGCAUAUAUUUAUAAUCCUAGAACCAAGAUGCACCUUAAAAAGAUUGAUAUCUUUAAAAAACUAAGUGAUUUUUAAGUUUUAAUAUAUUAAAAUGAGAUGAUUCACAUAAAGGAUGUUUGUUUGUAGAUAGCAUAUAAUGCAGUAAAAAAAAAGAAUGCUUUACUUGGGAUUGAAUAAAUUGAAGAUAAAGUAGUAUUGAGAAAGAUUAGAAAAUCAUGGGAAGCUAAGUUUCCUGAUUUAGUUGAUUAGAAAUUCCUUCAUUUUGCAGUAGAUAUAUUUGCUUUUAGUUCUAUAAGUAAUAUAUUAAGAGGAGCAAUUGAAAGAAGAAAAGUGAAGAAGAGAAUAAAAGAAAUGCAAAAACAAAACAAUCUUAGAUAGUUAGAAAUAAAUGAGAAUGCUUAUUUAAAUACAAGGAAUGCUGAUAAUAUACUUCGUCAUAGAAGAAAGAGUUAAAUUAAUUAAAGAGUAUUCCCAUUUGCAUAAUCAUCUUAUCGUAAAAAUAAGUAAAGUCUUGAUGGGAAUGUUUCAAAUAGAAGAGUAGCUCGUAGAACUGAUCUAAUGCAAUAAUAAUAAUAACAAUAAUCAUCUUAAGUAGAAUCUAUUUCACUCUCGACACAUAACUUUUAUAUUGAUCCUUAAGAAACAAAUAAUGGAUUCCCUAUGAAAGUAGUACUAGAAACUUAGAAGAUAGAUUUCCCAAGUGAUAAUUCAUAACGUUCUUUUUUUGGAUAGAUGAAAUUAAGAGGGGAUAUUUCAUAAAGAAUGUCUGAUGAAGAAGGUAAUGAUUGA